AUGAAUACAUAUCUUUCGGUACUGUUAUGCCUUGCUGGAGCAGAGCUCUUGCGAAGAUGCUACUCGGUCGUCAUCUGUGCCUUCACAGGGCCUUUGUCAAAGAUUCCAGGGCCAUUUUUGAACAAGUUUACACCUAUUCCAUGGGGAAUUCAAAAUCUUACAGGAAAUUCUAUGAAUGUGGCACCGAAGAUGUUUGCGAAGUACGGCGAUGUCAUUCGAGUUGGUCCGAGGGACGUCAUGAUUGCAGAGAAAUCAGGCGUGCAGAAGAUUCUUGUUGAUGAAGAUUUCGUGAAGGCACCAGUCUACGAGAAACGACGACUGAUCUCUCCUGGAUUUUCUAUUAGCUACUUGAAUGGCCUGGAGCCGCUCAUGAAGGAAUGUUUAGACGUUCUUGAAAGAACUUUGAACAAGGAAUGUGAGAAGGGUGGCGGUCAUGCGGUAAUCAACAUGUCACAGAUGCUGGGAAAUUUAACUUCUGAUGUCAUGAGCGCCACAUCCUUCGGGGGCUCGUUCGGCUUAGUUGAGUCAAAUGACUUGAAGAUGAAGAACAUGGUGAUGGACCGCUUGAAACGAGCUGCUCUAGAUGCACAGCUCCCGUUCAUCAAAUAUCUUCCCUUUGUCCCUCCUUCUCAAGGGGAAGGACUGAAUAAUAUCAUUGAUGACAUUGUCGCCACGCGAAAAGCAGAAAGUCAAAAGCCGAAGAAAGAUCUUCUCCAAAUUAUUGUCGAUGUCAAUGAGAACAAUCCCGACACUUUCACGCAUUUGCAUGUUAGGGAGGAGAUGUCACUGUUCAUGAUUGCUGGAGCAGACACGACAAGUACCACGGCCACGUUCACACUUCUUCUGCUUGUGAAUAAUCAGGACAAGCUCAAAAAGCUGGUGGAGGAGAUUGAUUUCGCCUUUCCCUCAAUCCAUGACUCUAUCACAUUCGCCAAAACGCAAGACCUACCUUAUUUGAAUGCAGUCAUCAACGAGAGUAUGAGAAGGAUGCCAAUUGUGGCGCUCGGUCUUGCACGCUGGACAGAAAAAACAUCCAUGAUCUCUGGCUUUGAGAUCCCGAAAGAUACCAUUGUAUCUCCUGCUGUCGGCCAGUUGAUGAGAGAUCCCCGUGUCUGGCCUGAUCCAGACAAAUUCAUUCCGGAAAGAUGGCUAGAACCGUACAAAGAUGUGGAAGCUGACAAGAAAGCUUUCCAUCCGUUUUCUUCGGGGUCUAGAAACUGUCCCGGACAACAAUUUGCUUUGAAAGAAUUGCGACUUAUACUUGUUACCCUCAUCCGGCGAUACGAACUGAGCCUCGUACCAGGUCAGUCGCAUGAGAUGAGACUUCACACCGUUCCUUGGUUUACUCAAGGAUUUUACAACGUUGGAGUGAAGCAAAGAUGA